AUUUAUGUGGAGUCGUUGCCAAUGUCAAGGAAUGCAAGCUGGUCAAGGGUUCAAAUGGAGCGCCAAAACUAUACGCGCAAUUACUUUGACUAACCAAGAAUGUCAUCCUUUGGUUAUUUCUCUGUGGGAAGAUUUAGCUAAAAAGGAAGGAUCAAUUUUACAAAAUAUGAUCAAGGAUAAGCCCAUCGUAGCAAUCACAAAGAUCACUGCAAGAAAGUACAAUGAAGAAUGGCAGUGGCAAUCCUCACCAGCAUCAAUCUUGAUCAUCCAACCAACUUUUAAAGAAGCUAAACUCUUGAAAAAAUGGUCUUCUAAGAUGCCUGAUGCAAUCAAAAUAAUGGAACUUAAUGUGAAAACUAGAAUGAAAAAGACGGAGGAAGUCUCCCUAGAUGAUAUCAUUCACAGUUCGGAUAAACUGAGAAGUCUCAACUUAGUAGCUGAUGCAAUUGAAAGAGUUGAACAAGAUGGGAAAAAACUGUUAGAGAUGACUCAUCACUCACAAAUUAACAGCAGAAAUCCCAUCCACCCUGUUCUCGCACCGUGCCAAAUAGACUGGGAAUACUUCCACGAUGAGCUCGAGAUCGGCGAUGAUAUUCACUGCUAUAUCCAGCUGCUCGACCUCGAGGAAUUCGAGGAUAUGGAGCCGUAUGCUUACCGAUACUUGACUUUGGAGUUCUUUAGCACUGUCGCUAAACAUGAAAAUGGGAAGUACCUCACGGCUCGACUCAAGGGCAAAGAUACAAAAUCACCGACAAAGUGUUGCGCGAUAUCUACAAGUUCGACUCCUCAAUCACGUCACGCCACAGCCCCA